AUGGACUACUCUUCUGCUGAAAUGAUCUGCGUUCUUAAAGUAAAUUCAGAUUGUGCAGGAUGUAAAGAAAAGAUGAUGAAGGUCUUGAAAAGAAUUCAUGGUGUUUACAGUAUAACUAUGGAUGGAGAUGAUGGGACUGUGAAAGUUAGUGGGAGAGUAAACCCUAAUACCUUAUUGAGUGUUCUUGAAACGAAUGGAAAACAUGCUAAAGUUAAGUAUGUAAAGUUUGAAGGUGAAGUUGUUGAAAGAAAUCCAAAUUACUAUGGUGGAUAUGAAUAUUAUCCCUAUGAUUAUGGUAUGGAAUAUUACUCAUAUCCACCACCAUUGCCAUUUCCUCAGCCUCAAGUCUAUCAUCCUUCUCAACCACCUUCUUUUCCGCCACCACCACUGAUGCCAUACCCUAAUCCACCAGCUCCUUCAUCGGGACCAUUCCGGGCGCAGCCUCAACAUCAGCAGCCACCUCCACCUCCUAUGUAUGGAUAUGGACCGCCUCCUCCUACAUCAUUUUUCCCACCACAAUGUCCACCGCCACCAGCACCAUAUCCUAUGAAUGGUAAUGGACCGCCGCCUCCCACAUCAUUUUUCCCACCUCAAUGUCCACCGCCACCACCUCCUAUGAAUGGUAAUGGACCUCCUGCUUCAACGUCAUUUAACCCACCUCAACAUCCUCCUAAAGAAGAGAAGUCAUCAAAACAAAAAAAAUUGCGCAAAUUAUGUGUAAUAAUGUAG